GGGUGAAAAGACUUUGCGUUGUUCCGCCAUUUUGCUCAACCAGUCACUAAAAGAUGAUGAUAGACGAUGUUCUGGUAACAAAAUUGAUGCAAUAAUAUCAAUUUUGGAGCUGGACCUAGAGUUCUCAACCUUAGAGGUCUCAGGAUCUCCCUCAUGUCUUGACCAUACUCAUUACGUUGGGGAUAGGAACAAAACCACCAAGAUGCUUAAAAUUAUCCUGAAUUUUAUCAAGACCAAUUAUCAAGGCGACUUCGAAAAGUUUAGAAGGAUAAAGGUGUAUGGCGUUCAGAUAUAUGGUGUUUAUUAUUUUAAACAGGAAAGUAAAUUCUCUUAUCCAACGAUAACGUUUUUGGUAUUCAAGGAUUUACCAAUAUUUGCCUCGAACUUGUGGAUCAUGCGG